ACUAAAGAAUGACUCGCGUUACCUUAAGGCUGAAACUACACGAUAUUUGAGCAAGGCAACGUAACCAUGCAGUUAUCGUUUGUGAUAGGCGCUUUCUCUGUUGUCAUCGUCUUGUCAACAGCGGAGUACCAGAUCUGCAUCAACAAGAGCGAGGCGCUGCUGACAGAUGAACAGAGACUGCUGAUGGUUCUCAUGGAAGACUAUGAUCCGUACACGAGGCCCGUCUUCAACGCUUCCUCCCCUGUCAAUGUAUACGUCGGCAUCACCUUAACACAAAUCUUUGAUGUGCAUGAAAAGAACCAAGUGCUGACCACCAACAUUUGGCUGGAUCAGGAUUGGGGGGAUGAAAAGCUUACCUGGAAUCCCGAGGAUUUUGGCGGAAUUGAAACACUUCGCAUCCCGUGUAAGAAAGUAUGGCUGCCGGAUAUAGUCUUAUACAACAGUGCCGACGACUACACGGACGGCUACAUGCAAGCCCUGGCAAUGGUAUCCUCUAAUGGUAACGUAUUCUGGCCGCCAAUCGUCAAGCUACGCAGCACGUGUCAGUUGGACAUUACCUAUUUUCCAUUUGACGAUCAGACGUGUACACUAAAGCUUGGAUCAUGGGCGUACGACGGAUUUCAGGUCGACGUGUUUCUAAGAGAGAAAGCCUACGACCUUAGUAACUAUGUCAGUAACGGUGAAUGGGAACUGUUAGGCGUAGAAGCCCGCAGGAACGUUGUGACGUAUGCUUGCUGUCCGGAACCCUUCCCAGAUGUCACUUUCACUAUACACAUGCGCAGAAAGACGCUUUAUUACACAUACAAUGUGAUCAUUCCGUGUAUUAUGCUAUCCAUACUGACACUGCUGGGGUUCUGGAUGAGGCCUGACAGUGGAGAGAAGAUUACGCUCGGCCUGACAGUUCUCCUAGCCUUCUCUGUCUUCAUGCUUCUCAUUGCGGAAAACAUGCCAGCAACUUCGAACUAUGUGCCUUUAAUAGGGAUUUACUUAACCACAGUAAUGGCCCUUACGUCCUUUUCGGUGAUUCUAGCUGUCACUGUGAGUAACAUCAACAACAGGGGGUUUAAGGAAGAGAAAGGGGUGCCAAGAAGACUGAAGCAAUUCAUCAGCUUCUUGGCCAAAUUGAUGUUCAUGAAACUUCGCUAUUUGCGAAUGAAGCCAUCGGAUUCUACCCCAAUGGAACGCCUGCAGUCUUUAUCGAAGGAUCAGUACGCCGGCUUUAACUCGACCUACACAAGCGAUUCCGGCUGCAAUCUCAUCGACUAUGAAAAUGGCGAGCCGACAAAUCACAAAGACUCUGAUCCAAACAAAAAGAAGAGAGAUCAGCCACAUAAAGGUUGGGACAGCGAGGAAAUUCUCAAGAGACUCCAAAUACUUAUCUCUCGUGACGAAGAGCGUGAAAAAAGUAACGAGAUUUAUCGCGAAUGGCAGGAGGCGGCCGAGGUGAUAGACCGCUUCCUGUUCUUUUUGUACGUGCUUGGAACAUCCGUGGCUACCUUAACUAUGCUUUUCUUUAUUCCUCUGGCGAAAAAUAACCCGUUGUGACUGUCAGGACUUCAUCUAUAUAUAUGGAACGCAAUUUGACAUCGAAUUGACUUCGAAUUGGUUUUGAGCGGCUGAUUUUGAUCAUUUGGAAUGAUUGUAUUUAAUGUCUCAAACUGUGAUAAGGCCAACGCUAUAAAUGUAUUUAACGUUGGGAAACAAACUGGAGAUUUUACGUUGUAAAUAGCACGGGUAAAAAGUUCGUCGUGGAAAUGUGCGUGUUUAAUUUAAGGAAACAUUAUUGCUGUGAAAUAUUACUUUGUGUUCGUGUCUGUAAUUGUUCUCUGUUGACGGGUGUUUUACCAAGGUGCAUCUUUAAGACCCCAACGAUUAAUUUUGCAUUCUUAUAGGAUGGAAGAACUUGCACUUAUUUGCCUUGCUUACAUAUUUUAGCGCUGAGUGUUUACUGCUAGA